CUUGCGACGGGGGGCUGUCUGUGGUUCCCCGACCUCAUGGUGCCGGAUCCGCUGCACGUGCUGCCGUUUAUGCUCUCGGCCAUGCUCGUGCUCAACAUCAUGCCCAAGACGGAGCGUGGGAUACGGGCGCUGUUUGGGCUACAAGGCGAGCAGUCUGCUCCAGCUCCAGGCAGCGGGGCCGUCUCGUCGACCGUGGCAGUGAGCGAGAGCAAGGGACGCCAACGGCUGCAGCGGGCGCUGAUGGCCGUGGCCUUGCUUGUCGGGCCCGCGACAAUGAGCUUGCCAGCGGCUCUUCACCUCUACUGGAUCUCUUCGUCGGCAAUAACCUUAGUCCAGACCGAGACUAUAUCUCGGCUCAUGCCCAUGCCCAAGAUCCCGACUCCUUGCACAGGAAGCGAGAACAUCUUGAUCCGGCCGCGUCGGUCAAAG